UUUGACAAAUCUGCUAAAUUCUGCGGUCGCGAAAAUCAUUAUAUGAAAAACGAUUACGAUUUCAAAAAGAUUGUUAUUCUAUAGAGUCUUCUACAAGUGAAGAAAGUGCAAAGAAAAAAUAUGGCAUUACGAAACAUUGCGUUAAACCAAUAAAGUUUAAUUUACUGAUGAAUAAAUAACUGAGAUCGAAUUUUGAAUUGUUCUAAAAAGUGGCAAAAAGUUAACGUCAAAUUUCGAAAAUGAAUAAAAAAAAUGACUCGUUGUUGGAGGAUGAGAACUUGAAAAUUUCUGGAGGCCCUCAAGAGCUCAAGAAUUCUUCAAAAGAGGUGGAAGAGAAACCUGUGUUUCGCAAGUACCGCACGAAGCAUAUGAAGCAAUUUCCGGAAUUAUAUCGAAGCGAUGUUUCAAUUCAUCCCAGCUAUACUGACUUGAAAAUCUUGCCUUACCAUGUAGUCUGCAGGCAACGUGUGCAAAGGAUUAAGCGACAAUCAUUUCGGCAGCUGAAUCGGGAGAUCGCGCAUUUUUCUAUGGUCCAAAUGUUUGCUCUCGAUGGUGUGAGGAUCGAUCGCGUCUUCAGCAUUGGCAUGUCGCCGAAGAUGUUAAUUGUGCCAGACCCUUUAACAGAGAAAGAGAGACGUCGACUGAAUGAGCUUAUCGAAAAUCCUUAAGAAAUCCUUCGGAUAAUUUCAGUGGGAAUAGAUUAUUUCCCUUAAUUAUUAUUCGAUUGU